CCUGUCCGAAACACCGAGGGUCGGAAGAGGAAGUAGACUCUACGUGCGCUCCUCAGGGCGACGUAAAAAAAAAAACCCAAACAAACAGUGAGGAUCCAGCGACCCGUAGCAUCAGUAGCAAUGAAGCUUCGACUUCACUUUGUAGUGGAUCCCAUGGGCUGGCUCUGCAUCAGCAUGGUGUUUGGGAUCUGGCUCUACAACACCUUGUUCAUCCCCAAACUGGUGCUGCUUCCUCACUACGAUGAAGGCCACAUCCCCUGGGCCUUAGUUGUUUGUUAUUACAUAGCAUCGGCUCUCUGCGUAGUGGCCCUGUUUAGAGCUUCCACUGCAGAUCCCGGCCGUCUUCCUGUGGACCCACACAUACCUCACUCUGAAAGAGAACACUGGGAGUUGUGCAAUAAGUGCAACUUAAUGAGACCUAAAAGGUCACACCACUGCAGCCGCUGUGGUCACUGUGUGCGCAGGAUGGACCACCACUGCCCCUGGAUCAAUAACUGUGUUGGAGAAGACAACCACUGGCUCUUCCUGCAGUUGUGUUUUUAUGCUCAGGUCCUCAGCUUUUUCACAUUGGUGCUGGACUUUUGCCAGUACUAUUAUUUCCAGCCGCUGACCAGGCUAGACCAGGAAAGGUUUACAACGCGUCAUGAACUGGCUCUGCUGCGAGUUUCUGCUGUCAUGGGCGUGGUCAUGUUUGGUGGCAUGUCAAGCCUGUUUUAUUCCCAGAUGGCUGGCAUCCUCUCUGACAUGACCACCAUUGAAAAAAUGUCUCAGUUCUCCAGUGAAACAUAUGGAACCAAAAGAUCGUGGCAGUGGGCGCUCGCUGAAGUUUGUGGCACACGCUGGAAACUUCUAUGGCUCCUUCCACUGCGCAGCAGACAGCCUCUGCAGGCGGGCCACCAUUACCGCAGCCAUGUAUAGCCCUGCCACACUACAUUUCCUCUGCUGCCUACACUCUCAGUAGAAGCUGCUAUAGUUAAACACUCAACAUACUCCUAAAAACCCCACAAAUAUAUCUGCUACUAUUCAUCCUCUGCUGAGCUACAAGAGCGAUCAUGGUUUGUGAGCGGAUAUCUAAUUUUAUCCUUCUCUUUUGCUUAGAUCUACUCUGUUUAUUUUUUUUUUAUCAAACAGGGUCACAAAUACAUUUUCAACUAAUGCAAAAUGUUUUAUUUACUGUGAGUGCUAUUUUUAUCGUUUUGGGAGCUACCUUUGCUGGUAGCAAUGCGACAUCUCUCAGGACACGUCAUAAAAAGCCUUCACUAGUUAUCACAAGAACAAAUCAGUUAGAAAUGUUUGAUUUCUGUGGAAAGUUUGUGCCUUUUUUUGUUUUCGGGACUUUUUAUAAAUCCUAUUCUUCUUUUAAAGCGGUUCUUAGAUAGGGUUACCCUCCAAUGAAUCAUGAAUGUUUUCUUCAAAUGCUAUAUUAUAAUUUUAUCUAUAAUGUGUUUUGUUUUUAAAGGCAAGGCCACAGAGCAAAGUUGAUACCUUGCUACUCAGAAGUAGAUGUUAUACGAUUGCAGAGAGCUUUAAAGCAAAGAAAGGCUAAUAUAAUCAAUAAUAAAUAAUCCUGCUGUAAAAUAUUAGUUUAAUAUUCACGGAUCAGAAGAUGGUGUAAAUUUUCUAUUGUUUUUUUUUUUCAAAUUAUGCUGUUAGAAUCAGCUGUUUUUCUUAAAAAGUUAGAGGCACAUUCAUAUAUAUACAUAUAUAACUAAGUGUUCUGCUUUUGUUUUAGCUUCUAAAACCAUCUUGAUCAACAAUACCAUGAUGUUUGUGUGUUUAUGUACAGUCCCUUUAAGGACCCACUCUAAGCCUAUCAAGGAGGUUGAGGUCGACACUCUGGACUCUGGAAUAGUCUUACGGUAGUUUAACUCUAGACCACUUUGCUAUAUAGAGGAGCUCAGGAUCAACUAAUUGAAUGCAAGGGAUCCAGGGUUCUGGAUACUAGCCCCAAAUCAUUGUCCAUCUAACACAAUCCUUGAAAGUUGGUAUGAGAUGUUUGCGUGGUUGGUAUAUUUGUAUAUGACCAAACAUGUCUAAUUUGGUCUCAUUUGUGCAAUGGCUUUUCUCGCACAGGUCUUUUGGUUAAUCCAGGUACAUCCUCAAGGUUUUCUCCAGGCAGGUCUUCCACACAAGCCAUACUCGUUGAGUCUUUUUGUUUAUUGUUUGACAUCAAACACAUUUAGCUCAUGGAUUUUGAUUUCCUGGGAUGUCUAUUAUGAGUAGGGUUGGUAACUCCAAAUAGCUUUGAUUCCUAACAAUGUUAAUCUCUGUGGAAUAAUGAGUUUAAAAUGAAUUGGAAGUGUCACUAGACUCUUUUUGAUAUUGAUGGAUUGCAGCAGUUCUGUCUCUCCAUAUCACCGCUUCUUUUUGCUCUUUGCUAUUGUUUUAACACACACCUUUAUUCACCAGACUGCCAAACAGUCAAACCCACACUUUAAUGGAGGUAGUCACACUUUCAAGUGAUCCUUCGCACCUAUGAAACAACUCCUGGCUGCUAUUUUUUUUUUAAAUCUUAAAUAAUCUGGAAACAAAUACUUAGUUUUUUAAUCAAGUCAUGUGGAAAAUGUGUAUUUAUAAAUGUGUAGGUUAAGUCAGUUUAUUAGUGCUUACUAGAAAUAAAUUUGACUAAUUUUAACAUAAAAAAACUAUACAAGCCACAUUCUUAAGCUCUUCUUUUGAAUAAAUAUAAUUAAUCAUACUACCGGUAAUUACAUUACAAAUAAUUGGAGCAGUUUUUCUGUAAGUUUUAGGAAAGUCUUGCCCUUUAGGUCAAUUUUAUAUGCAUAUUUUGAAUCAAAGUUUAUAGUUAUAUUCCAGAUAGAGAGCUCAAAGACUGGUCUUGUUGUAGAAACAUAAAUAUAAUUUUAUUAAGCAGGCGUAUAGGGGAAAAAAAA